AUGUUAAGUAACUUACCACCACCUCUGAGUAAUGAAAUUAGGGACUUAGUAGAUCCUACUGAACCAUUUUCAUAUUCUUCCGUAAAGAAAGAGAUACUAAAGAGGUCUUCCAAUUCAAAGCAAAAAGAAUUUGCUAAACUGUUCAAUAACGAACAACUAGGUAACAGAAAACCUACUCAACUUCUUCGUAGAAUGAAAGAACUUGGAAAUCAACAGAUAGGAGAGUCUUAUCUUAAGAAAGUUUUCUUUUGCAAGUUACCUCAUAGUACUCAAACGCUACUUUCAGCGGUGAAAGAACAACGCUUUCUCAAACAAUUGGUAGAUUUGGCAGAUGGUAUUAUGGAAUUAUCAUCUAGAGAGUCUGUAAAUGCCUUGCCAUCCAUUUCUUCAGAAUUACAGUUGAUGAAAGAAAUUUACGAGAUACAGUUUAAAUUAUUAACAGACAAGAUCGAAAGUCUUCAACUGGGAAGAGAUAAACGCUCUUAUAAAAGAAAUAAUGCAAGAUGGCGUAGAAGAUCAAAAAGUCCCGAAAGAAAUGCUAUAUGCUGGUACCAUUCAAAGUUCGAUGACAAAUCUUAUCGCUGUAUUAAGCCAUGCUCGUUUGAUUUUCUGAACAAAAAAAGGUCGAGAAACUUUUCAACCACUGAUUAG